AUGCCGAGCUUCUUCCAAUUCACCCAAGGCAACGAGUCCCGCACCCGCCUCACGAGCGACGCCUCCCCUCUGCUGGGCCGAUUCCGCGCCGUACCCCCGCGAUCCGACGUCCCCGGCCGCCGUCGCCGCUCCAGCACCCUCGGCUUGUUCACGUCUAAUAACCGUGGAAGCGUAUACGUCGGCUACGGCGCGCUUCUGUCCGCCUCGGGGCUCGAGAACCACGAUAAUGAUGCUGCAAGGGGCGGCGACUGGGAGGAGUUGGGCGCGUGGGCGCGCACCUGGCGCAAGAUCUCCAACGUCUGGGUCGAACCGAAGCAGAGUGCCGUCAAGGGCGUUGUCGACGUGUGGUGGAGUCGGUAUGGAGUCUUGGUGCUGAUGCCUGCUGUUCUGGCUAUUGCAUGGUGCGCGAUACCGUUCCCAAAGUACUCCUUUCCCGGUGAGGAUGACGAUGAUCGAAGUGAUCCCCUGCCAGGGUCUGGGCGUAAGAUACCCGGCCACGGAGAAGCAAGAGUACAGAUCAACUUUUGGUUCUUCCUCUUCGUGUACUACGGUUUCUAUAACGUCACGGCUCUGAUAUGGAUCACCAAGGUCUUCAACUUGUACAGCUUGAAUUGGUGGCCGCAAUCCUUUGGAUUUCCAGUUACGAUGUCCAUCAUCGCCCUCAUCUCGAUAGCAGUCCCAAUCCCCAUCUACCUGGUCCCAGAGACGCGCUUCCUCACCGCCCACAACACGGCCUGGAUUUCCUGGACCUUCAUCGUCAUGGCCAUGCCAGUUGCCAUUGCCUUUUGCAUCCUCCUUACCUCCCAGCGUCACCUGAAGCUGCGCCAGUCGCUCUCCGAGACCCAACGCAUCUUCACCACGUCCUGGUGGACAGGCGAGGCCGAAGGGAGCAUCCCCCGUCGCGAUAACCGCCGGCGGCCGAAUCUUAGCAGCGACGCCUUUGACCCGGACGCGACGCUCCAGGUCGCCGCUGAGCAGUCUCGCAAUAUGGGCGGCGUCAGGAUGCGCCGUAGGUGGCUGCCCGCCAGCUUCGUCCGCUUCAUCUGGUUCUGCUUGGCCCUUUUUGUCGGGCUCAUGGCGUACGUCAUAGGAGAGGCCUACGCCGAGAUAUACCUGCGCACGCUGCCUCAUAACAACUUGGAGACCAUCGUGUACGUCUACAGCUGGAUCAUCACGGUGCACCUACUUGAUGCCCUCACGGGCUGGCUUCUGGGUAUCCGCGAGGGCGAGCGAGUGGGAAGCUACCCCCUGAGCUGGGUCUUCAAACUAUACUUCAUGCUCACCUACCAAACCUACGUCCGCGCUCUAUACGCGCGCCUCCGCUCCCCGGAGCAAUUCAUCUACCUCCAGAUCCUCUCCAGCAGCACCCUCAUCAUCCUCACCCCGCUCACAAUGUCCCGCCUCUACCACCGCAUCACCGUCGCCCUCAACUUCACAGACCAGUCCUACGCCUCGUACCAGAAAGUGUGUACUCGCAACGUCUUCAUCCGCUUCCUCGCCGAGAACGUCUCCAUGGCCGCCUUCCUCGGCAGCGUGCUGGUCCUGCACUUUGGGCCCAACAAGGACGUCUAUCCGUACUUUGCCUUUGACGGGAAAGUGACGGGCGACGACUACGACUACGAUUUCCGGCUCACCUUUUGGGCCUCGUCCGUCACCUGGGCCUGCGAGCUCGUCGCCUCCGUCAUCGUACGCGGGCUCAUCAGCUGGUUCUUCGGUGUCGAUGUCGGUAUGGAGGGCAAGCUCGACCUCGCCGUGUGGCCGGAGCUGCUCCCGACCAGCGUGGCUGUCAUGUUCCACGUCCUGCAGAACAUGUUCUUCUCCAUUAUCCGGCUACAAUUCCACUGA